AAUCUACUUUAGGCUACAGUUGGUUAUUGCUUCGAUGGAAGUGUUGGGUUUCUUUGAAAUAAGUGUCGUUCUAUUUGUCGUUUUGCAUAUCUUGAGGAUUUACUUUGCUGAUUGCGAUGCAAUACUACAUUUCUACGAAAGAUUUGCAAAGCCACCGGAAAGAAGAUUACGAGGUAAAGUAAUUUGGAUCACUGGUGCAUCGAGUGGAAUCGGCGAACAUUUAGCGUACAAGCUAACUGAACUGGGCUGCAAACUGGUGCUAUCAGCGAGGAGAAAAGACGAAUUAGACAGAGUGAAAAAUCAGUGCCUGAGUAAGUGUUACUGUUAGGCAUUUCAGUAAACUCAACAAGCUUUGUUUGCAGUUCACAAAUGGAAGGAGAAAAGUGGUCGGAAUAAGGGGAGAGGAAUGGUUCUGUACUUUUAAACAGUUUCACUCCUAGAUGUCACCAAGAUAUCAUUUUUCUUUACAAUGUCAUUUCAUUUUCAAAAGAAAAGGUGGCUAAGAAAAAGAAAGAUAUAAAUAAGAGAUAUUGUUUGAUUUACUAGUUCUCAGAGUCAAGAAUGCAGGUUACUGUGGUCUAUGGCUGCUUAAAAGACCUCUCUUAUUGCCAUCUGUUCAGCCUGCGAGCAGGCUCUCAUGUUCAGAAUUUGCCUUAACCCUCUCAAACAUAGGUAUGCAUAUUCUCCAUACUGUUCUCUAAACAUUUCCUAAGAUGUUGACAUGGAGAAUUUGUCCAAGAAUCAAGAGCUUCUUUAGAUGGUGAUCAGCUCCUUUAUUCUCCUGACGUUAAUAAUAAUAAUAAUAAUAAUAAUAGUUAAUCUUUAUUGAGGAUGCCAACAUCACAGAAAGAGUGGUUUACAGAAGGGUCCUCUAAAGGUAACUACAAAUCAAUAUAAUUACGUAAAAAUGUAAAUAUAAAUACAAUCGAAAAAUAAAACAGAAAAACAUACAUUAUAUUAAAAAAUUAACACUAAUUUAAUUAAACUAGUGCUGCAUUAAAAAAAAAUUAAAAUAAAGCUUUCUUGAUACCACGCUUAAAUUGACUUAAGGUGGGCACAUCUCUUAGGGAAAGGGGUAAGGCAUUCCAAGCGUCCGCUGCAAAAUUUGAUGUUAUCCAGUGCCCCCAUCUUCUAUGUGCGGAAGAUUUACGAAUAUUUCGCUUGGAUCGUGUAUUAUAGUUAUGAUAAUUGCUGUUAAAAGAGCAGUGAAAGGUGUGCAUGUUAAUGUUUGAUUUGGGGGUGAUAUGAUAAGGAGAAAUUAGAUGCCAGUCACUCUUAGGGGUUAAGGGUUAAUGCCCCCUUUAGUGGCACAGCCCCCUUAUCACUCUCUUGGUAGCUGCUUAUGGAAAAGUUUUACUGAAAUCCUGAGAAUGACAAAAAAAAAAUGUAUGGCAGAAAGUGCAGAGAACUAUUCUUUACAAAUUGUGAGUGAAAGGUUCACCAAUUUGGCAGAAAAAGGAGAGAUCAGAGGUCAAGUGGCAUUUUUAAAGGUUGCCUUAAAUUAUUUCUGUUACGCAGGGCUUUCCAGAGAGACACUACCCAGGUACCAAGGGCUUCUCACUUUUAUUCUUGGGCAACCUUUAAAACUGUCAUUAAGUGUUCAGUGCAGAGAGGUUGUUUUGACAGUUGGUAUACACUUAAGGUGUUGCCAUAGAGAUAGGUGGCCAUUGUGGAGAGUGUGAAGAAGCAGUGUAUGAACUGUUUGCUAAUUUAAAGAAUUUGCCACUUUAGAAUGGUGCUGUUAGUUGGGAUUCAACUGUAUAUUUUAUGUAUAAACACAGCUUUUCUUUUCUUGCUGCAUAGGUUUGGCCCAAAAGCUUUUUCCAUUGACAUUUGAGGAAGAUUUUCUUGUCUUACCACUGGAUAUUACAAAUUUCUCAACCCAUGAAGACAGUGUAGCUAAAGCUCUUCACAGGUUUGGCAAGGUAAUUUUAAGGCAGUCUACCUGAGGUGGUUGAUGUUAAAUGAAUGCUUCUGGUGCUAUAUUGGCGUGUAGAUGUUGUGGUUCAAUUUUAUCCUUGGUUCAAAUUUAUUUUCCUUUGUUUCAAACGCAUGAUCAUACAUUACAAUACCCCAAAACAAAAGAAAACAAAAUUUGAACCAAGGAUAAAAUUGAAUCACAGCAUAGACAUGGUGACUUAAUGGCCAUUAAUCCUUUAACUCCCCAAAAUGAUUCACAUGGAAUUUCUCCCUGUAAUGUCUGCACAUUAUACUGCAAACAGGUAUUGAGAAAACUCCAACUUAUCAGGUAGAAGUUGUUAUCAUGAUCUACAUGUAGCACUAAAUUCUCAUAACUUAUUUACAAGGAAAUGUGUAGCUGCUAGAGGGGAGAAUUAACAAUCAGAUCUUGGGAGUUUAAGGGUUGAUAUGACGUAAAAACAUUCCAUCAUAUAGGACCUGUAUGGUCCCAAUUGUACACUUAAAUAGACAACUAUUAUGAAAAAUGAUCCUUGUAUGAGGGUAUCAAGUGAUCACACAAACAGGGCUAGGAGUAGCUGUACCACCCCAGAAGAUGGGUGAUGAAAGAGGAAAGGUAAAAAAAGAAAAGGGGUUUUAAUACAUGUUUGGUAGAGCCUGCAUUGACUGAGUUCAGUUGGGCCAGAUGGAUAAUAUUUGGAUUACUAUCCAUGCAUUAUGACCUCAAGCUGAAUAUUUCUUCCUUUGGUCUUCUAAAAGAUAGACAGAGUGUGAGAUCUUCUCAGUGAAGACUUACGAGCCAAGACUCAAUGGGUCACAUUGUAUAGUCGCUUCUCCUAAAAGGGAUGCUACUUCACCACAGGUUGCCCACCAGCAAUUUGUCAAGUUUUACUUUGUGUCUGCUAGUACCAUGUUAACACUUUAACCCCUGAGAGUAACUAGCAUCUAAUUUCUUUUACUUUUCACUAGCAGCCCUGAAUCCACUGUAAGGUCAUUCCAAUAAAGGAAAUUAUCACGAACUAUAGAUGCUCCUGAUUGUUUUAAAAAAUUCUCCUUACCAGAAUCUUAAGAGAUAUGUAGACAACAGUAUGGAGAAUAUACACUUUUAACUCCCAGAUAAAAUUUUUAAUUCUCCUUACUUUCAACCAUACAAUUCUUAUAAUGCUAGUUCAGAGAAUUUAGUAUUGGAUCAAGUAAUUAUCCCCAAAUUGAUAUUUUUCUUUAUUCUCAUUACUUAUCUGGUUGAUGUUGUAUUGAUAUUGUAAGGAGAAAUUCUGUCUUGAUCACACAUGGGAUUUAAAGGGUUAAUAUAUGAGUGUAAUGGGGUUAAUAAACUCAAGUGAGGAGAGGCACUGAGAGUAAAGUCUCUUGAUGGAUAUCACAACAUAAUGAUCUGGCUAGAGUUUGAACUGAGUCUUGUACCUUUUAAUCUGGAUUCCUCAACGCCAAAUAUAUGGUAAUGGCUCUUGGUUCAGCUUGUUACAGCAGAUCUUUGUAUGGAUGUGUUCUGUUACUGACUUUAUUUUUUGACUUAAAGCAUAUAUAUGUACUUUCUGUUAAAUUGCAGAUUGAUUUUUUUAGUGAACAAUGCAGGAAUUUUGCAGAUGGGUUUAUCAAUGGAUUGUGAUUUUGAUGUAGUUUUCCCAGUACUGAACACAAAUGUACUAGGGACAAUCUCUAUCACCAAAGCUGUUCUGCCUCACAUGGUUCAAAACAGGAAUGGUCAAAUUGUUGUAAUAAGUAGUGCCUCUGGGAAAAGUGGUAAGUUUGAUAUCUCAUGGCAGGGGGGGAGGGGAGAGGGGGUAUAAAAAUGCUGAAAAUUCUGCAUUAAAACAUGAACAUAAUGAAGGAUUUACCUUUCUUCAUUAUCAUUGGCAUUGAGAAAUGCCCUUUCUCGUCAACCAAGACCACCUGUGAUGUAACUUGACAACUGAAAGAUAUAUAUAAAAUUUUUUUCCCAGAAUCCAUUAUAUGAGCAAGACAAAAAUGAGUGAUUUGCAUUCCUCUUGGUACAAUAUAGACAUUCCCCCCUCCCCCUAAGUAAUAAUAUACUUGAGAACAGAGAACACUGCACAUAAUGCAAGUUUGUCUGACACAUGGAUCAAUAUAUAAUCACCUCUUAUGUGCCAAUCAAUUUGAAGCUUUGGCAUCCUUUUCCUCCUCCUCCCUCUCCUCCCUCCUCCUCCUCUCCUUCCCCAGGGCAUCUGAACUUUUGAAGACUGGUUCAUUCAUAUCCCCUGGGCCAAAAUUUCAUUCAAAUGCUGUACCCAAUUACUAGAUUUGAUGGUCAAUCUUUUUGCAACAGGUAAGAUCAGGAGCCCUGACUUUCUAGAAGACCUUUUCUUCUGAACCAAGUUCUUGCAAAAGUGCAUGCUUUACCAAUAAACACCUCCAUCUUAAAAGAAGAAACAGGUGUAUUCUGCUGGAAGGGCCUGACACUUUUGGUUCAAAUUCUCACCCCACCCAGGCAGGGUUCAAAUUUCCCACUCACUCACACCAGUGAUUGGUUCAUUACUUUUGGAGCUUGAGGUUCAGUUUGUGUUUGAUUUGUGGGACAGACUUUUGAGGCCAUUCUAUGGUAUUUGAAAUGGUGUCACAAAUCCAUUAGAUACUCUGCAGGGAUAUCGAAAAUAUCUUUCAAAUAUUGUCUUCCCAGUUUGUUCAGAAGGAUGCGACCAAAGUGUUUACACUUUGAAAUUCUCUAUAUUUUGCACAAUUCUCACAAGGCAUUUUAAUAAAAUAUUGUCCCCUAAUUUUUAGAUAACACAGCACAUUGAGCAUUAUGUUAAUUUGUUGACUUUGUUUUGCAGCACCAGUCCCUUAUGUGGCGGCAUAUGCAGCUUCCAAACAUGCUCUUCAGGUGAUUAACUUGAGAUAAUAUUGCACUUCUUCUAUUACUGGUCAUGUAAUGAUAUCUUUCUGUACAUGUGUACUGUAAUGACAUAUUGUACCCUGAUUUUAGAAUCAUAACCAUUUCUGCUCAUGUGUACCACGGCAUCUACUAUUACAAUAAUAAUUUAGUUUUUGGGAAUGUCUUGGAGGGUAAAGCAAAACUGUAGGUCGGAGAAGAAUACACAACUACAUACAAUAAUGGGCCAAUCAAUUUCAAGGCUUUACAUCCCCCCCCCCCUGCGUCAUUAAUGGCGACGUCAUCGGAUUAAUUUGCAUACCAAUACAUACACACUAUGAGAAAUGUCAAAAGCCAUGUGGGAGUCGUGAUUCAGUCCUCGGGAGAAUACUCAUGGGCAGUGAAAAAAAUGAAAAACAAAAAUAAAAUAAUGGUACCUGAAGGAAUCGGACAAAAAAUUGACUCAAGAGGAGUGUAUUGGUUUAAAGAUAUGAGUGUAUUACGGUUUCGUCGAACCAUUACUAUUAGGGAAGGUACGUUUUUUAAUGAGGGGGGGGGGGUCGGGGUGUUUUAGAAAUUUUUUGCGAAAAAAGAAUGCAUGAAGCUCCACAAAUACCUACACAAAAACAUCUGACCCUCCCCCUACGUCCUUCAAGACAAAAAUAACCGGAAGGGAAAAUAACUAGCUGGAAGUGUUACUCACAUAACCGCCUCUGCAUGGACUUUCUCAAGAGGAAGUUAAGUCUCUUUCAACGUCAGAGCUAGACGCACACAGCAGUAAAGUCAUGGAAAAGAUGCGUGGGCUGUUGGUGAGGAAGUGUGUCGAAUUGACGACUCCACAGUGCUACGUGGGUUUAUUUCGGCAUUUUUGGUCGACCGACCGGAAAAUCAAUUUUUCUACAACCGUGAGUAUCUUGGAGUCACCAACAAUCAAAAGAGUUCUGUUCCGGGGCAUGGGUAUUUUUUCAAGCUAGAACAAUUUGAGAGCUUCCAUUGUGAGAAAGGAUAGCCAUAUAUGGAGUGUAAGCGAAUGUCGUGUCAAGAGCGAAGUGGCCAACUAUGUAAAUUUUGCGAGGAGGAUGAGGCUACCAGCGCUCCACUUCCAACUCGACGACCAUAUCCCGACUAUGGCAAGCUACCAAACUUCCACGAUCUCUCUUGGAGUGCAACCACCACCAAUGGUCGUGAGCCGGACGACUUCCAGCCUCGAGCUCAGAUUAAGCGAUUGUUUGAGGAAAGUGAACUACUCAGUGGGGACAGUGAGGCUAUUAGAAAGUUUUCAGAUAAAUACAUUGUCCCCGAAAAGCUUGUGGCAGAGUAUGUUGAGCACCUUGCCAAGAUAAAAAUGCGUAAGGAGAAGAGGAAAGAGGAGACUGAAAGGGAGCGAAUGGAACGACUGAACGGGGAGUACAAUGACACUGACUGGGUUGGACUGUACAACUCCGAUAAGCUGUCGUCCUUGAGGGUGGAUGAGCUAUCCUUGUACUUUUCCCAUCACAAGAUCACCUUCAAAGGGAAGAAAGCUGAAAAGAUCGCAAUGAUAAAAGCGCACAUUGGCAGCUUGCUGUACGAUUCAAUAGAGCGUCGACAACCUCGGCAGCCCCUGCUAAAAAAUAUGCGGCAACAAGUGACCUCAUCACUUUCCGAGGUUGAAACUGACUCGCAAAGUGAUGUAGUAGAUCAAAUUGUUGGUUCAAGUCCGAGUAGCCUAAGUGACAAAUCGUCACCGGAGACUGAAUUUAUACCAGAAUCCCGCGCGGAAACAUUACCGCUGUCAAAAUAUGGAGGAAGGCGGGCACGGUCAAGAGAGACGAUUAUGUUAGUUGGGAGAAGAUAGUUUUUUGAUAUAAUAUUUCGACUCCUGUAAAUAAUCUAGAUUAAUCUUGACUGAUAACUUUUCUUGUCAGUAUACAAGGUUUAGGUUUCUACACACUUCGCGUGUUUGUUGACAAAUAAGAGUCAGCUAAGCGACAUGGAGUAAUUUUCCCCUUGCCAAAAAAAACUGUGACCUUCCCCCGGUUGCGAAUAAAACAGGUUUGACCCUCCCCAAUUUGUGAAAAAUUUAUUAAUGACCCUCCCCUCCGGAGCCUCGGCCCACCCCCCCCCCCCCCCCCCAAUAGAAAACGUACCUUCCCUUAAUAAUGAUAAUACCAUCUCAUAAGUUGGGCGCAAUCUAUUAGGGAAUUGCUGAUUUCUUACUUUGUAAUCUCAGGAUGACAGUCAAUAUUAAAUUUGCUGAAGUCAUUUUUAUUCCCUUUUUCUUUGUUGUUUAUUACUGCGCAUGUGCAUUAUGCCAAGUGAAAGGAUAAGGACUCCUGCAUGUCUGUGCUCACUUAAAAUGUGAUCAUUGGUUUUUGUUAUUUACUCUUUUUACUCUGCACAUUCGUAUUAUUCUGAGGACUGAAUCCCGACUCCCACAUAGCUUUCGUAAUUUCUCCGUUUAAUAUAGUACAGGGUGCUUGUGAGGGCAAGCAAAUUAACUCGAUGUCGUCGCCAUUAGUAGCGCACCCCUUUUACGUCACUCGUCACUCUUUUCAAAUUUCCCGCCAGAAUUUGAAAUUUGAAAUUAGCUAAUCAAAAGACUGGGAAAUCAAAUCGACCAUCUUGAAUGGACUACGGGCUCGUGAUUGGUCUAUUUAUACCACGUUGUACACAAUACUGCUCUCUGAUUGAUGAGCAUCCUAUACUACUUUGAGUGGGGCAUUUGAACGCAAUUUUCGUCCGGGGGAGGGGGAAUUUAAACGUGUCGGGGUGUUGCCCGGGGGAUGGUGAAGCUUCAAAUUGAUUGAGGCAUAAGCCCUUUUGAGUGUUAUGGGAUGAAUAGAGCAAAAAUUCUUAAAUGGGAUAAUUUAGGACAGAUCGAAAUGAAGUUUGUCUGUAAGUUGAUUGUUCCAGGUGUUCAGUCAGGAAAACGAAGCGUGGCAGUGAAAUGGCGUGAUAGUAUAGAAGAGGAAUGAAAAAAAGAAGAAGGGUUUGAUCGUGUCGAGGAGUUGCAAUUAGCUGAAAAAAUUUGUUUAGAACCUCUCUUUGUACAUUUAUACUAUUUUUAUUUACAGGGUUAUUUCAACGCUUUGCGUAUGGAAGUUUAUGAUAAAAAUGUUGGUGUCACAAUGAUCUGCCCUGGUUUAACGUACUCAAACCUCUUUCGAAAUGCAUAUCGAGAGAACUUGGAGGUAUGUCGAUGAAAUUUCACUUUUAUCAUAUAAUGUUAAUUGUUAUGUGGUGUUGAACGAUGAAAACCUGGUUGACCAACUCACGCGAAAAGUUAGUUUGCUCUGUCUGUAUUUCAAUAUGUGCACAUGUACGCUCAAGAUCUGCUUUAUGACAGGCUCAUAGCUGGCAGUUUGUAUUUUCCUCAACUGUGAUUUAGUCUAAGAGCAUUCCCUCUUUUUCGGCGAUGUCUGUCGUGGAAGGUUAAAAGAAAAAAAAAAAGAAAAAACCAGGGAACAAAAUAGCUUGCUAGCGCGUCGCACAGAACUCUGGAACUGAGGAGGCACCCACUUUUGGUGCGCUCCCUCCCAGAGUUCCAUGCGGCUUGCAAGCCAUCAUUUUUUUUUUCUCGCGGAUUUCUUUGUGAACUUGCGUGACUCGCUUCACCGAAAAGGGAGUGCACAAAGUCCACCCUUGAUUGGCUGUUCUGUUUUCUUUGGUAUUGGUUUUUCGUCAUUGAAUUGAAGAGCACUUCAGGAAACGAAGUCGUGAAUUCAUCAAAACCCUCUUUUCUUUUUCUUCAUUCUAAAGGAAGUCUUCCUCGUGCUAUCGCAUGCUAAAAUUUCCUCUUUUAUUUUUUUUUUUACUCGAUAGACUCGUAGGGAUUUAGUCCUUCCUCCGACAACCAUGAAACCGGAACGAUGUGCGCACCUUAUUGUUAUUGCCAUGGCGAACUGUUUGGAUGAAGUGUGGAUCGCUAAACCAUCACGUCUGUUAGAGUUAUAUCUCGCACAAUAUCUGCCACUUGUCAGAGACUGGUAAGGUAGUUCACGCAUUGCAGUUGUAUUGCAUCGGUUUUUGCCGCUUCCUUGUACGUUCUGGUAUUGGUGGAAAACUUCAUUGCGCCAUCCGUCUGCAAAACUUGAACCAGUCGUGACUUAGUCACUACUGUUUUUCCGCGAGUUAUUCGUGGUACAAACCAAACCUACUUAAUGAAUAUUCUCUAGGGCUGUCUGUCCGUGUCAAUCCUCAUCGCUCACUGGUUUUCUUACUUCUACUUGUCUCCAACGUUUUCUUUCACUUAGAAAAAUGGUGUACGAAAAAAAAUUGAGCCCGUGUAAAUAUUCCGUAACAAAACAUAUAAUAUUAUUUAUAUAAUAAGCUCAGUUAUGCACGCAUUCUGAUUGGUUCUCACUAAUGAUCUAUUGGAGGACAGACGUAGAGAUGACGACAUCAUUAAACUUUUUUUCCGUAUGUUUGAAUUCUUUAUUAUAUAAAACAAAUAGAUUCCAAGUUGCCGUGUGUCUGUUCAGUAAUAGAUAACAGAGGACGUCAAAAUGUGGUAAGAACAUCAGUGACACGCUCGGUUGCGCCUCGUGUGCCACUUUUUUGUUCUUACCACAUUUUGACGUCAUCUGUGAUCUAUUACUGAACAGACGCAAGGCAACUUGGAAUCUAUUUGUUAAAUUUAGAAUCGGAAAUUAAUCCCAUCGAUAUCAUGAACGUAGAAGGACCCCAGUUGAACCAAAAUGAAAAUGAGAAUUUUAAAUUGAUUUUCUUCGCAUGGAAUGAAUUUAUGUAUUGAUUGGUAAGUGGUAGUUUAUUUUUUUAAAAUUUAUGUAAUUACUCAUAUAUUCAUUGAUUGAUUUUCUGCUCAAUUUAUUUUCAGGUGGAUACAGCGGGAUAACCGGAACCGGAAUGCUAACCUGACAGCGGCAUCUCGGACUAACUAGUCGAUACUAAACUCAAAUACUGCCAGCACUUUUUUUUUCAAUUUAAAGUGCUAAGUUUGUGCUUUUAAUGGUGUAGACAUAUUGUAAAUAGUUGGCAAUAUGGCCUCAUAAAAUCGCAAGCUUUAGCGUAAUGAAUCGAGAAGAAAAUAUAAGUUUCUUUUCUAUUAAAGAGGGUAAGUUUAUAAAGCAACUGUGGUGCUGCGUCUGUGGGGAAGCUUAGCAAUAUAAUUUGGUUUUAUCAACUGUCUUAAUAAUCUCAAUUGGCCUCCGUAAAGAGUUUCAAAGCUAACAUUUCGAGCGUUAGCCCUUCGGCAGAGCGAUGUCGAUUAUUAACUUGGACUGAGAACAUUUUCAAGUCCCACAAUUCAGGAUCAUUUUCAAUUUUUUUUUUGCUGGUGAAGGAGGCAAUGCAUUGAAACUAACUCGAUCGAAUUCAAACAGUUCAGACGGCAAGCUGUUUAAACUAAGCCUUUAUUGUAAGUCACAAAGCCUUUAUUGUAAGUCACAAAGUUAUUUUUAAUUUAAAAAAACUUCCAAUUAAACAGGUAUUCCUUAAUGACGUCUAUCAUCUUCCAGCUAUCUUCACUGUAGCUCUUCACUUCUUAUCACAGUUUAAAGUACGCGCGGCCUCACAAAUGCGUCUUUUAUCGUCUUGA